AAUAAUAAAAAAUCAAUAAAACAGCUGUUACUAAACGAUUCAAGAUGGUGACACAAAUUUUAUAGUUCCUCAUCUGCAUAUUGUUUUAUGUGUCAGAAUGUACUUUAUUAGGAUAAUCGCAAUUUGAAUUCCGAAUAAUAUUCAAGUAUUCGAACAAUGAUGUCAACCAAAUACGUGUCUUUUAUAUCUGGAAUAGUAAUUGCCUCAAUAACAUGGGCUUUCAGUUUAUAUCUAUAUUCAAAGUUAUCUCAAAAUGCUGACAUUGUCAAUCCAACAAUGGUAAUGCCAGAAACCUCGAAGUUAUUAAAAGAAUCCACAUUUAAUCAUAAAGCAUUCAACGAUCGUGAACUUAGACUACGUGAUAAUUUGAUUUAUCAUCAUGAUAAAGAAAUGCUGGUUGAUAAAGGUUCUUAUAACUUAAAAGGACCGAAUUUCAAAAACAGUAACAAACUGUUACAACAAUUACAACCUGUGCCAGUAAAACCAUCAGUUACUAUAGGACAAGAUUUAGAUGAGUUGGGAAUGGUAAAAAAUUUAGAUGAUCAGCGAAAACGAGACGAAGGAUAUAAAAAUUAUUCUUUUAAUAUUUUGGUAUCGGAUAACAUUGGCUUACAUAGACAAUUGCCAGAUACAAGACAUAAAUUAUGCGACGCGCAAAAAUAUUCUAACAAAUUACCAAAUGUUAGCAUCGUUAUAUGUUUUUACAAUGAACAUUACACAACACUUCUAAGAUCUCUACAUUCUAUCAUUGAAAAGACCCCUGCACAUCUUUUACAUGAAAUUAUCUUAGUAAACGAUUGGAGCGAUAGCAAAGCCUUACAUGAACAAAUCAAAACAUAUGUUAAUAAUAAAUUCGAUGGUAAAAUAAAGUUUUUUAAGACAGAAAAGCGAGAAGGAUUAAUCAGAGCAAGAAUGUUUGGUGCAAGACAAGCAACUGGAGAAGUUUUACUUUUCUUGGAUAGCCACAUAGAAGUAAAUAAAAUGUGGAUAGAGCCUCUUCUGUCACGUAUUGCUCAUUCGAAAACCAUUGUUGCUAUGCCAGUUAUCGAUAUCAUCAAUCCGGACACAUUUCAAUAUACUAGUAGUCCUUUGGUAAGAGGCGGCUUCAACUGGGGUCUACAUUUUAAAUGGGAUAAUUUACCAGUUGGUACAUUGGAACAUGAUGAAGAUUUUAUAAAACCUAUAAAAUCGCCAACAAUGGCUGGAGGGUUGUUUGCAAUGGAUAGAGAAUAUUUUGUAAAACUAGGAGAAUAUGAUGCUGGCAUGGAUAUCUGGGGUGGUGAAAAUCUAGAAAUAUCAUUUAGAAUUUGGAUGUGUGGUGGAAGCAUCGAACUGAUACCUUGUUCCAGAGUUGGUCAUGUGUUUAGACGGCGUAGACCGUACGGUGGAGACGAUAAACAUGACACUAUGCUAAAAAAUUCGUUGCGCGUGGCAUAUACUUGGAUGGAUGAAUAUAAAGAUUACUUCUUAAAAAAUGUUAAAAAAAUUGACUAUGGCGAUGUCACGGAUAGAUUAAAUUUACGAGAGAAAUUAAAAUGCAAAAAUUUUGCAUGGUACUUGAAAGUUGUGUAUCCUGAAUUAACAUUACCGGAUGAUAACAAUAACAAAUUAAAAGAUAAAUGGGCAAAAGUAGAACAAAGACCGAUACAACCUUGGCAUUCAAGGAAAAGAAAUUAUACAGAUCAAUAUCAAAUUAGACUUUCAAAUACAGCGUUAUGCGUUCAAAGUGAGAAAUAUGUUAAAACAAAAGGUUCUAAACUUAUUUUAGCAUCAUGCUUGAGAAUUAAGUCACAGAUGUGGUAUGAAACAGAUAAACAGGAAUUAGUACUUGGUCAAAUGCUUUGCAUGGAAGGAGCAGAGAAAGUACCAAAACUUGGAAAAUGCCACGAGAUGGGUGGUAACCAAGAAUGGCGUCAUAAAAGCGUUAAUGGAACACCUAUAUAUAACAUGGCAGCCGGUACAUGUUUAGGAGUAUUACAAGCAGCAAAAGGUGCUCAGGUUAUAAUGGAUCUAUGUACUAAACCGAAUAAAACCCUUAUUACAUGGGAUCUGGUACAUUCCAAAAUUAUUUCGAAAGACGCUAGGUGACGCAGAUAAAAACAAAUAUAGAAACCGAACAAAAAGAAUGUAAAAAUUAUGUUGAUAGAAAAAAACAAGAUGCGCGAAGGGAUUAAACGCUUUAAAAUUUUUAAAAACUCAUAAUUAUGAACCAUGAACAAUUGAAAUUUCAAUACUCGAACUAUCUCGUCUAUAUUUUCUUUGCUUUAAUUUAUAUACACUUAUUUUGUUAUUCACAACAAUUAAUUAAAUAUUUGAGAAGACAUUUUUGUUGUAUGUUCAA